AUGUUUAAAAUAAUAAUUUGUUAUUGAUCGAGAUUUGUUAUUAUCAUGAGUCGAAAUCCUGAUAUAAUUUUCCUAACAGAAUAUAUCAAAAACGUACUUUAUUUCGCGGUGUUUAAAUCAGGCCGAGUUCCAGUUAACUGUUGCAAUACACAUUAUUUCUGCAUUGAUGACGAUUUAAUUUAUGAAAAUUACUAUUUAGACUUUGGACCGUUAAAUUUAGGUUGCGUCUACAAGUACUAUAAACUAUUAAAUGAUAAAAUAAACUUGCACUCGCAAAAUCAAGUACUAAUACAUUACACAAGUGCUGACUCCAGAAAAAAGGCCAAUGCUGCUUUUUUGAUAGGCUGCUUUGGGGUUUUAUAUUUAUGUUUGUCAGCCGAUCAAGCUUAUAAGCCUUUACUACGUGAGCAAUUUGUACCCUUUCAAGACGCAUGCCAGCAAAAAUCCCCAUACACUAUAACAAUAUUGGAUUGCUUAGAAGGCCUUGCCAAGGCUCGCGAUUUCAAUUUCUUCAAUUUUCAAGACUUCAAUGUCGCAGAGUAUAUCAAAUUAGACAAACUGCAAGGAGGUGAUCUAAACUGGAUAAUUCCAGGAAAAUUUUUGGCGUUCAUUGGACCAGUUGAUAAUACUUAUUCGGUGUAUAACCCUCCGGAGAUGUACGUGGCUUAUUUCAUUCAUAACAACGUUAAAGUUGUUAUAAGACUCAACAAAAGGCUUUACGAUAGCAAUACAUUUACGUCGAACGGGAUUUUACAUUACGAUUUAUAUUUUCCCGAUGGUUCGUGUCCACAAAAACACAUUGUGAUGAAAUUUUUGGAAAUUAGUGAAGAGACAACAGGUGCAAUAGCAGUGCAUUGCAAGGCAGGCUUGGGCCGCACUGGAACAUUAAUUGGCUCUUAUCUGAUAAAGCAUUACCGAAUGUCAGCUCACGAGGCCAUAGCCUGGAUGAGGAUUUGUAGGCCUGGAUCUGUUAUAGGCCAUCAGCAGGAAUGGUUAGAGAAAAUUGAACCGUGGCUAAUAAAACAAGGAAAUAUCUACCGGAGGCGAAUGUUUCAAGAUGUAAACCAAUUUCCUAAGCACGAAUAUGGAAUUUAUUCUUUCGUCAAAACUACUUAUCUACAAAGAGCGAUGCUCAGCAAGUCAUCGACUCCAACUUCCAGACGAAAGCUAAGUCCGUCAGAACUAUCGUCAGGGUCGCGACCGAUUUCAAGAAAAAUGUUCGGGGAAGUCGAGAAGAACUUUAAAAGGGAGGAUCAUAAUUGGCACCAAAAGUCGUUUCUUCAAAAUCAGAAAAUCAUUAUCGAUAAGGAAAAAUCGUUUUAUAAAGAGGCAAUAAGUAAAGAUUUUUCAAAAACGAAAAAUAUCCAUGAUUGUGAGACUCAUGUUAUUAGCUCUAGACCAUCUAGGUUUUCGAAGCACUUAAAAUCAAUAAAAUCAAAAGGAAGAAAUGACGAUAAAGCGCCUGACAGAAGUGUCCAAUAUAGUUGCGCAAAACAAAAUCGACAGUGCCAACUACAAAACUUAAUUAAAAUAUCGACACCUCAAUAUAGAUUAUCUGAAUUUAAAUACGAACUGACAAAUGCAAACAUAUUCGCAAAAGAAGAACCUAAGGAGCUACUUCAACCUCAAUUUCGCCGCCGUCUUGGCCGAAGCCCUAGUCCACCUGUAACCCGCAUGAUAAAUGAGCCAACUAUAGCGUCAAAUAGUGUAUGUGCACAACAAUUAAGAAAAUCUAAUUCAAACGAAAAAAAAAUUAACAAACCUAAAGUAUCAAAACACCGAAGAGGUUCUGUGGGUGGUGUGUCUCUUGAUGCUCAAAAAAGUGCUCCGAUGGAACACCGAGCUUCUUCAGUGAGAUCAGAUGAAAGACCAACUGCCACACAAGGAGAUUUGCUUAAUGGCAUUAAGUUUUCAAGGAGACUCAAAGAAUCACUCAAAGCAGAAAACCAUUCGAAAACAUUUGAUAAAAGUUCUAUGACACCGCUUAGAGCUGCCUGGGGACCUGCUCACGCUCACGAACCUACCUUUAGUACUACUAAAGAACCAAAAUUAAAUAAGAAAGGCUCGGGUCAAGCCACUGUGCCACAACAUCAAGGAAGUAUUGGGAAGCCAAAUAGUCGUGCAAAUUCACCGAAAAUUACACGACCAGCCCUAACUACUUUUUAUUGA